CCGGUACGGGCCGGGCAGGGCUCCUCCUCCCCGGGGGCGGCUCCGGGCGGCAGGUGGCUGCUCGAGAGCAGGAAGCUGCCACCGCUCGGCUCCUGAUCCCCCUCGCGUGCGACCGCCGUCGGGGCAGCGGAGCCGGCCUCGGCGACCCCUGGAAGACGUUAUUAUUUUGGUUCUUUUUUGCCCUUUUCUCUCCCCCCACCCCCUUUUUUUUCCCCUGACUCCUCUCCACUUGCACUUGGAAGGAUACCUCCGGUUCCCAUCGCCCUUCGGGCUCCUGUCGCAGCAGGCCAGCCCCGGACGAGCCUCCCGCCCCGCCGCCGCUCGCCGGGGGUGGCCGCGAUGAGCGCCGCUGCGCAGUCUGCGGAGCCCGACCCGCAGGACGGGACCCCCGGGCACUGCCCCGGCCCCGGUCCGGCCCGGGACGGCAGCCCGCAGGAGGAGUUUGAUUUCUCUAUCCUCUUCGACUACGACUACCUGAAGCCGAUCGAAGAAGAACCGACUCCACAUAUAACCAACAGCCCACCCUCUGGAGUUGCAUACGCUCAUGAUGUCUUGGACUGUGGCCUCAAGCCAUGCCCCCUGCCUUUUCCUAGCCUUUCUGCAGAUCCCAUGGGCAGAUAUGGACAGCCAGAUAGCAUAGGGACAGCACCUACGCACCCUGCCAGCGCCGCAGGGGCCUCUGCUCCGAGUCCUAGGAUUGAAAUUACUUCAUAUCCUGAACUGAUUAAUUCAGGGGGUCCCUUCCGCAGCAGAGACACAGAUGUUCUUUUGGUAGAACAUCAGUCAAACUCAGCUACCACUAGCCCAAGGGUUACCCUGCCUGUCCCUGGCUAUGAGGGCUACAGAGAACCACUGUGUCUGAGCCCAGCUAGUAGCGGCUCUUCUGCAAGUUUCAUUUCAGAGACAAAUUUAUCUCCUUGCACAUCACCAUGUGUUUCACCAAAUAAUGGUCCUAGUGAUGACCUUUGUCCGCAGUUUCAAAACAUCCAUACUCAUUAUUCUCCUAGAACCUCUCCAAUAAUGUCACCACGAACAAGCAUCACGGAGGAAACCUGCUUGGGACAACAUUCACCAUCACCACGUCCCAACUCAAGGUCUUCAUCACCAGGUGCAAAACGGAGGUACUCUUGCACUCAGCAGCCUUCCACCUCUCCACGACAGUCAAGGACCCCCUCUCCACAGUCCUCUCCACGCAUCUCCCUGAGGGAAGACAGCUCUACACUUACUUACACGCAGUUGUCCAGCGCUCCUCUUUCCAUGGAUGCUAUGAACAGCCUUCCUACAGAUCCUUCCUGUGGCGUUCCCACCAAAAUUUGGAAAACCAGCCCUGACCCUUCGUCAAUGCCUUCCCACAAAAACAGCAUUCCGUGCCACGUCUUUCAGACUGUUGACUUCCACGGGCCCUGCGAGCAGGAGGACAGGAGAAAUUCAGCUCCAGAAUCGAUUUUGUUGGUUCCUCCAUCCUGGACAAAGCAACUGAUGCCAGCAAUACCUAUCUGCAGCUUGCCCGUCCAGUCUCUGCCGCCCCUCGAGUGGCCGCUCUCCAGCCAGUCCGGCUCCUACGAGCUGCGCAUCGAGGUGCAGCCCAAGCCCCACCACCGCGCGCACUACGAGACAGAGGGGAGCCGCGGGGCUGUGAAGGCCCCGACUGGAGGCCAUCCUGUGGUCCAGCUUCACGGUUACAUGGAGAACAAACCCUUGGGUCUUCAGAUCUUCAUUGGGACAGCAGAUGAACGGAUACUCAAACCUCAUGCUUUCUAUCAAGUCCAUCGCAUUACAGGAAAAACUGUCACCACCACCAGCUAUGAAAAAAUUAUUGGCAACACCAAAGUUUUAGAGAUCCCACUGGAACCCAAAAACAACAUGAAAGCAACCAUUGACUGCGCGGGGAUUUUGAAGCUGAGGAACGCGGACAUUGAGCUGCGUAAGGGUGAGACGGACAUCGGCAGGAAGAACACCCGCGUCCGGCUUGUCUUCCGCGUGCACAUCCCUGAGUCCAGCGGCCGCAUCAUCUCUCUGCAGGCAGCAUCAAACCCCAUCGAGUGCUCCCAAAGAUCUGCUCAUGAACUUCCGAUGGUUGAAAGACAAGACAUUGAUAGUUGCCUCGUGUAUGGAGGGCAACAGAUGAUCCUGACAGGACAGAAUUUCACAGCAGAGUCCAAGGUGGUGUUCACAGAGAAAACGUCAGAUGGGCAGCAGAUCUGGGAAAUGGAGGCAACAGUGGAUAAAGAUAAGAGCCAGCCUAGCAUGCUCUUCGUAGAAAUACCGGAGUACCGGAACAAGCACAUCCGCACUCCUGUGAAGGUGAAUUUCUAUGUCAUCAAUGGUAAAAGAAAAAGAAGCCAACCCCAGCAUUUUACCUAUCACCCAGUACCAUCAAUCAAAACAGAGCCCAUUGAUGACUAUGAUCCAGCCCUAAUCUGCAAUACAGUACACAGUGGUCUGGGAACAGUAACACAGCCGUACUAUUCACAGCACACAAUGGUCACCGAAUCCCCUUCCUGUCUUGUGGCCACUAUGGCUCCCUGCCAGCAGUUGCGCUCGAGCCUUUCUUCUCCUGAUUCUCGAUACCAUCAGCAGAAUCCAGCUGCAGUAGUAUACCAAAGAAGCAAGAGCCUUAGCCCAAGCCAGCUGGGCUACCAACAGUCCGGUUUGAUGGCUGCACCGGUUGCUAUUUCAGAUGCCCACAGGUCAGUGCUAGUGCAUGCUGGUUCCCCAGGCCAAACUUCAGCAGUGCUCCACCACUCUCCAGGCAACCAGCAAUCUUCUCCAGUGAUUCACUACUCUCCAACCAACCAGCAGCUGAGGUGUGGAAGUCACCAGGAAUUUCAGCACAUUAUGUGCUGUGAAAAUUUUACGUCCAGUGUUGCAAGACCAAGCCAGCCCCAAGUCAGUCAAGCACAAAGAUUAAGUCCCAGUUCAUAUCCUACCGUGAUCCAGCAGCAGACAGCUUCAGGCCAGCGGGCAGCAAAAAAUGGACAACCAGUCAGCGACCAGAAAGAAGUAUUACCAGCUGGAGUCACUAUUAAGCAGGAGCAGAAUUUGGACCAGGCGUACCUGGAUGACGAGCUGAUAGAUACACACCUUAGCUGGAUACAAAACAUUAUAUGAAAAAGAAUGACUGAUCUUUGAUCCAAGCAAUCAAAAAGAAAGUUAACGAAAUUAUCAGGAAGGAAUUUUCUGGACUCCCUGCCAGAAAUCAGACAUAGAAGAAGAUUUGUGAGACAGCUUCUACCAAAUCCUUCCAUAACUGACCUCUUAGAUCCUUCCAGUGCCCCUGCAACCUCCUGCUUCCUUAACUGUUCAUCUCAAGGCACCAGUUCAAUGCAAGGAACAAUGUAUUGGCAUCAAGCUGACAGCCUUGACUAAGCAACUCGCCACCUCUCUCUGUAAACAUGGAAAAGGGCACCCUUCCUUUCGUCCAAAGAUCGCAUUGUUCUCAUGUAACAGAGCAUCUGUCUGAGGAAACACUUCAAGCCUGCUGCAAAAAUCUAGCUGUGUAUCGAUGCAUCUAUCUCAGAAUAAGGGAGAAGUAAGAUGGCACUCCUGAACGCCACGCAAAGCAGGGGAGGUUAUAUAUUAGUCUUUAUUGGGGUGGGGUGGGGAACAAGGGAAGAAAGAGUAAUAUAUUCCGUGAAGGAGCAGCAGCGCUGUGCAGCUCACUAACAGUGACUUGCCUUCCAGGUCGCAAAGCCCUUCUGAAAAAUUCUGUUGUAGGAAACUGAGGCAGCUCAAGCUCACUCUGCCUUUAUCCAGUCUGGGAGCAGAAGUUGUAUUUUCUGACCCUGAGCACCGUGAUCAGUAUUUCAAGCAGUAGAUGUCAACAGAAUCCGGGAGUUUUCUCCAUUUUUUCUUGUCAGAAUGAACAGGGAUUUGAUGGAGAAGGAUGCUCUGGAGAGCCAGUGAAAAGAGCAGUUCAGCAGCUGUUACACCUAUCUCAAGGUAAUGAAACCCACGUAAACAGAGAUGAAUGUAUAGGAGUCACAGUAAACCCAAAUAUUCUAUGACCCAUCCUCAUUUAGGCAGUGUACGAACGCAUCUUACAUAUUUUCUCCAUAAUAAAUUGCUGCUGUUUCUCCUUCUCACGCAGAGCCCGCUGUUGGCUGGUACCUUGUCUCAUAGCAGCUGUAAUGUUUAACCACACAAGCUGCAGAGGAAAAUAAUUGCAUUUCACAGAAGCUGUAUAUUCCAGAAAAAGUAUACACUUGUAGGUAGUCUGUCUCUUUGGCACUGCAAAGCUACCAGCAGCUUCUGGGAAGGUUAAAAUUCCAUGUGAGAUAGCAUGUAGUGCUUUGCUUUGUGUGUUUGAGUGCAGUGUACUGACAAAUGCUUGUCAUGAUAAGAGCUACCUGCAGCCUGCAGCCGUACAGCUGGCAAGUUCGUAACGUAUCAGUGCAUCUGUGGUGCCCCGGUGGGACGAAAGCACACCUGGAGGGGCUGAUCUCUGCAGUAAGAGGCUGCCGCACCGUGGGCAGCAGUGGUUUGUGAGUGAGGAAAGCUGCGCUGUUACGGGCACUGAGCCUGAGCUCGUUGUACAAAACACAGCAAACCUGCCCUGUUCUCAGCUGCUUCACAGCAGACUUCAGCAGUGUGCCCACGUGUCACAGCAGCCUCUGGGUCAUAUGAAUAUUGAAGACCAGCAGAGCAGCUGCCUGGUUUGUUCCCCAGUACUGCAAGAAGGAUGCUUGCACCAAUCCCAGACUUCUGCAGGAAUAAAACAGAGGCUGCGGUGCCUUCUGCAUAGUUCAGUUAUUGUUAAACAGCAUUUAUACUGCACAGCACUUCGGCUGGUUCACACACCUCAGAUGAGCUACUUUUUCAAUUGUUUUUACCUGCCAUAUUGUUGGAAUCUACCAUCCAUUAUGUGUUUUUAAUGCGUUUUAAUGGAUUUUUCAUUUUGAAAACUUGCUAAUGCCAACAGUUGCCUGUCAGAAAUUCUUUACUGCAGCUGAGCAAAAGGAGAGCCCAAACGGGUCUCUUGGCUUGGAAGUACCAGAAAUGGCCAUUUUGUUUUCCCUGAUCCAGCCUGUAAGGGUAAGACAGGAGAAAUGAAAAAGUAAAAACAAAAAUCCAUUCAGAGCAAACCAAAGUCCCCAAAUAACUGACAGAGACAUUUCUUUUGCUGGAUCUCAAAUGAAAUACGAAAGAAUGUGAGCUUCUUUCCAAGUCUGGAGCUCUUGCUGCUCUGCUGGUGGCUGUCAGUGCAGCUGGCCAUGGCCGUGCCCUCACUCACACCCCACACACCGAAUCCCCCCUCCCUGCAGCGUGAGUUGCACUACGUGUGUUUGUGCUGAUGACUGAUUUUAAUUGCCAUUUUUUGUCUCCCAGUGACCAUUUAAAUAUCUUUCUCCCCUCGUUGCUCUGAGGGAUAACCGUGUAAAGCAGACAAGAAGGCACGGAGCCUGACAGAAGGCAGCGAGCCCACAGCAGGAGCCACGCAGGCUGAGCUGAGCCCUGCAGGGCUCCUGAGCAGGAUGUGCCCUUACCUGAGCAUGAACGGGAAGGGCAGAUGCUGCUCUGGGCUGUUCUUUUUGCAGUUUGCUUUGGAGAGCAGGAGAGGGGUUUAUAUAUAUAUAUUUAAUAUAUGCUACACGUGCUUUACUCAUGCUUGCACUAGCUGUAUCUCCUCCUCCUUUUUAAAGGCAUAGAUACUAAUCUGGACGUGUGUUAGUGUAGGGGCAUAUACAUGUCUGCCUAUAUACUGUAACCACAUGAGUGUAGAUGGUUAUAUAUAUAUGUGUACACAUCCAUCUGUGCUCCUCUCUGACCACACACACCAGUCCUACAGCUGGCUGCAGCCACGCAGACCUGCUGCCACACAAAGCCAGCUGCUGGAGCGAGGGUUCCUAUGAUGUAUAUAAUAUAGACUAAAUUUUAGUGGUUUUAUUUACAGCUACGUCAGGUCAGGCUGUGCUACUCUUACCUGCUUCUACAUCAAAUUAGUUACAUAGAACAGCUUUAACCACUUUAUAUUUAUUUCUGGAGAGAAGGAGUAUCCUCAGACAUAGCGAUAUAUGUUGUUGUCUCUUUUUAAAAAGAAAACAGAUAUGUUACAGAUAUAUAGCUAGGCUGAAGAACUUCAGAAUAUGCAGUAUAAAUUAUUUCCUGUUCUCGCUGAGCAGUGUUCCUCCAGUAUUAAUACUUGUGGCAUAACACGCCUCGCUCUCUUUCUGUAGAAGCAUUAGAUUAACCUCGGAAGAGUUAAUGCCAUUCUGUGAGCAAUUUGUUCUCACUUUAUCUGGAAGAUAGCCAUAUUUGCACAUGAGGAAAUUCUGUCUUUCCUCAGUUAUCUGAAUGUUUCACCACAGUGCCUUCCUGCCAUUGUACCAAAGGCCUCCUUGUGUGCAGGGUGUACAACUCUAAUGCGUUUUCCAUCAAAGUUAUACCAUGUGAAGUACGUGGGGCUCAUUGGAACUCAAAGUUCAUCUCUUUUUUUUUUUUCUGUGCGUGUGCAUUUUUUUACUUCGUUUUUUCCAUCCGAGCUUUGGCUGCAAGUACAGGAUGAGCUUCUAUAAACGUCUGCAUCAAAUAUAUGAAUGCGUAAAAUAAAACCAUCGUUCACGAUGUGUAAACAGUCUAAGAGUGGAAUGGGAGUGGACAGAUACCAGGGAGAUGUUUUUGUGUCAGUUACGAGUGUUGGAAGCACAGUUUGCCAGGAGAGGAAUUGCUCGUGAAGAUACUUGCAAUGAAAUACGAGGUCCCGGUUUUGUUUUUCUCCGUGAGAAUAAGCAAAGUGGAAGAUCUGAGCUGCGGUGGGAUGGAGGUGUCUAAUGUACGUGUUGUUACUGGGAGAAAGAAUGUAGAAGAGCCAUGGGUUUUGCACUUGCUUUAUUUGUAUCCAUGUAAAUAUGUAUCACUUCCAUUCUUCUUGUAGGGAUACAGCAUUUUCUGAAUGUAGAAUAUUUCCAAAAACAGCACUAUGUUAUUCUCUAUUGUAUAAAAUGCUGCUGCUUGAUAACGUAUCUAAAACAGUUCUCAAACUAGCUAGCAUGUUUUUAAAAUGUAUUUUGUAAUCCGUAUCUUUACCAAAAAAAGUGUCUAUGCUUUUGGUCUGGCCAAAUAUGCAACGCCUUUUGGAUUAAGGAUCGUAUUUAUAAAGGAUGGAUCUUCAUUUGUUGAUGUGCAUUAAUUUUCUAUGCAAUUGUUGUGGAAUUGUUAUUGCCCCCAAAAGUCGUAUUUGAUCCAUUUUCCAAAGACUUCAAAGACAGCUUUAAACACUUUCAAAGCGUGUUUCUAAAUAUUUCAAUCUUUUUGUCCCCAUAUCUGUCCAAAUUGCUCUCUAAUAGAGAACAAUUAUCUGCCAGGUGGGAUUCAAGAAAAUGACUCUCAUCUUAUUUUCAGAUUUUGAAUUGAUUCACAUCUUCAUAAAGCUUACACCACAUGAAAUCACCUGGUGUUCCCAUUUACCUGCAGUUCUCUGGGUUAUUCACAUGACAUUUGGGUGAACUGCAGAUUCCCCAGAAAUUGACUGUUUUCCUCAUUGUUUACAUCACGCUGAUUCCAUCCCACAGUGCCCGCUGUGACACGGGGGUGACAACCCUUCAUUCAUCUCAGUUCAAAUGAGUAAUCCAGCUUUUUGGACGCUGGCAUCUGUCUUUCUCAUCUGCUACUUUUAUCAGUGCAGCAGGUGACAGUCGGUAGGAAUUCCUUUAACAACCACUCAGUAUCAAACCCAUCUGGUCUAAGGGCCGUUUGUUUUGCCAUUUUCCUUGUUCCUGGUAUACAGAAAUAAAUAAAUUGGGACCAAACCAGCAUCGCAGUGCAAACUGGAAGUGAAGAUGCUGACAUUCUAAUAGAUCAAAUGAGUGGAACCUGGGGAAAAAGUUUGUGUUUCUUUCCAGUAACUCACUUAAAACAGCCAAAUGGGGAAGAAAGCUCUAGAAUGGCUGAGUCACCAAAUGAAUAACGUUCCGUGUCACCAGCUGUGUGCUGGUGGGAUGAGCAGCCGUUCCUCCAGAGCUGCAAGGACUGAAGUGCUGCUGUUGUGGCAGUGCUGCCAGCCCCUGUGCACAGCAGCGUGGUGAGAGCUGGGAGGCACAGCCAGGUACCAGACAGGGGCACUGCUGUCCUGGCUGGGACCUGUGUGUGUGUGAGAUGAUGCUGUGUUCCCCUGGCUCAGGACACCCAGGUCUCCUUGCAGACACUCUCUGUGCCCAGGCAAAGCCCUGUGAGCAGAUAUACAUGUAAGAAAGCAAUCAUCUCUCAGAUCAUUCUAGCAGAUGUCUUUUCAAUCAAAUUGUUUGUUCAAAAGCCUAACUUUAAGAACUGAAAAAGAGUUCAUAUCAUUUACAUUCCUACAACAACAUGGUUAACCUCCAAUGUAAUUUUUUGCUAUCGUCUGUAAAAUAUUUUUAUAUAUUGCCUGUACUGUGGUAGUUUAGCAAUAAAUGAGAGGAUAUCAUCUGCUG